ACUAAUUUAUUUCGAUUGGUUGCAAAGGGAAAGGGAUUGCUUUGCAGCAGCAUUUUCCACAAGGGAACUUGACUUCAGCUGCCACUGUUGAAAUCUCCUUUCCGAAAUUCUUUCAAAAUACCGUAUUUCCCUUAACUUUUCUUCAAAUUCAUCAUGUCUGAUUUUGUUUGAGGGGGGAGAGAAAUCGAUUGUUAAUCCUAUGCUUUACACUUUACAAUUACUGUUUUUGGAUCUCCCCCAAAUUCAAUUGGGUAUAUUCAUUUAUCUGACUGAUUAUGUGGUAAUAAGUUCGUUUAUUUUGUGCCUGAUAUGAUAUAGAUGAAUGGACAGCCUUCUCUGUUUUAAUCUUUUGCCAUUCCUUUUUUUUUAUUGAAGAUUCUAACUGUAUGCAAUCUGCAGCAUCUGUAGAUUCUUAGAUCUGAUUUUCAAGGUGUUGGUGAGCUGAUGAUGAACAAAAGCCUUACUGGAAAGUAUAAUUGGAUUUAUCGCAUUUUUUUAAUAUGUGGCAUUGUGAUUUAAGAUUCUAAUUCUUAGUACUCUCGUGCAGCUUCUGAUGGAAUCUGUGUUCUUGAAAAUGUGUUACUGAACUGAAAACUAUGACUGAAUUCAUCACAUUUUGAUAUUUGGAAGUUUUAACUGCUUCAAUUCAUGGAAUCCUCAACUCCCAAGUUGAAACAAAGGCACCGUGCAUUGACUACGUUAAGAGUUAUAAGGGGCGUUCUGUGUUUGAUCAUCCUAAUCUUGACAGCGUUCGUACUGUUAGUGUUUUUUGGCUUUUGGACAGCUGUUCCCUUGAGAUUUUUCAGUUUGCAUCACAGCAGGAAUGGAACUGCAUUCUUUUUUGGAAUAUGGAUUGCUCUUUGGCCAUUCUGGUUCGAGAAAUUGAAUAAGACCAAGGUGGUGUUCUCUGGGGACAUCGUGCCUCCAAAGGAACGGGUGCUGUUGAUGGCUAACCAUAGAACAGAGGUAGAUUGGAUGUAUUUGUGGGAUCUUGCUUUGAGAAAGGGACGUGAGGGGGCGAUUAGGUAUAUUCUUAAGAGCAGCUUGAUGAAAAUGCCGGUGUUUGGAUGGGUAUUCCAUGUCAUGGAGUUUAUUCCCGUGGAGAGGAAAUGGGAGGCUGAUGAGUCAGUGAUGUGCAAGAUGCUGUCGUCUUUUAAAGAUCCUCAAGAUCCUCUCUGGCUCGCUGUAUUUCCAGAGGGCACUGAUUUCACAGAACAAAAGUGCAUUCGUAGUCAAACGUAUGCUUCUGAGAAUGGACUUCCGAUUCUGAAAAACGUGUUACUUCCAAAGACAAAGGGCUUUUAUGCAUGUUUGGAAAAGUUGAAGGACUCCUUGGAUGCAGUUUAUGAUGUCACCAUAGGCUACCGGCAUAAUUGCCCAACGUUCAUGGACAAUGCCUACGGAAUUGACCCCUCUGAAGUCCACAUCCACGUUGAGCGUAUCUCUCUAAGCGACAUCCCCUCAUCUGAAGAUGAGGUAUCGUCAUGGCUGAUGAGAAGAUUCAGCCUCAAAGACCAGAUGCUUUCUGAUUUCUAUGCACUGGGACGCUUCCCUCGUGAAGGUACGGAGGUAGGCCUGUCUACAGUGAAAUGUAUAUUGAACUUCAUUUUUGUUAUGAUUUUGACAGCGACAUGCAUGUAUCUCCUCUUCUUUUCCUCAAUCUGGUUUAAGGUAUAUGUUUAUUUAGUCUGUGCCUACAUGGCUUCAGCUACGUAUUUCGAUAUUCGACCUUCGCCCAUUUUCGUGUAGCAAUUGCAUUAGAUAUUGAGAUAGAAGUAGCGAAUUGUUAAGCAGGAUUUUUGUUUCUGCUUUCUGCAGACUGUUGUACUUGUUUCUUUAUAUAAUCCUUCAUUUAUGGUGUUA